UAUGCUGUCAGUUUAUGAAAUUUGCGGCAUAUUUUUUAGAGGAAUUGCCAGGAAAAUGGCACAGGACAUGGAAAUCAUUGAAUUGAUGUCGGAUGAAGAUGAGAAAACAGAAAAACCUAAAUCUAAAGCAUGCAAUAGUAAUUGCGUUAAUUUUAAAUGUUGUUCUGGAAUAAAUAUGAUGGUAGCAUCAUCCUUUGCAUGUGCUUUUUAUGGAGUUUCGAUUGAAAAAAAGAAAAAACGUGUAAUUUGUAAAGAAUGUUUUGAAGCUGCAUUGCAACAUCAGAGGCAACUGGUAACAGCUCUUGUAGAGAAUAAAUCACUAUUAGACUGUCAUUUUCCCGAUCAUACAAUGGAAGUAGAAAUUUCUGAUAGUGAUGACUCUGAUGAUGAGAAGAAAAAGGAAUUGGAUGAUGAAUAUAUAUCAGAAGAUAUACUCGUAGAUAUUAAGGAUAAAUUAGAUGAUACAUUAUUGCAUAUUUUCAAGAAGUAUAAUAUAAAACAGCAUACUAAAACUGUGUAUAAAACUAUGGAAAAAAAAUGGCAAGACAUACGUGCAACAAAUGAAUCUCUUCAUACUGAAAUACGGGAAGUAAUGCAUACCAUGGAUAAAUUACGCAAUAAGUUAUAUGAAGAUUUUAGGCCACAAAUUAAAAUGCUUGAGGAACUUCAAAUAAACGACGGAAUUACGGAAAACGUUCAUCCGCUUGUAGCAACGAAAAAAGUAACUCAAGUACGCAUUCCAUCUGCCACACUAUCACAAGAUAAUCAGUUGGAAGUUUUAGCAAUUGAGCCAUCAAACAUCACGAAAGCAAUAGUUCCUAAAUUACCGCCAAGCGGUUUUCUCGUAAAAUCACCUCCGAAAGUAGAUAGUAUAGUUUAUAUUAUGAAAAAUCCAGUUAUGCCAUGGAUUAAAGCAAAGGUCCAAGUUAUAGUCACAACAAAUCCAUGGAGUAUUCGUGUAAAGCUAUUGCAAAAAAAGUAUAAUGCAGCAAUUAAAACUAUUUCUGGUAAGCAGCUAGCAGUAGCAGAAUCAUGUCAAGUUAUGAUUCCGGUUGGAACACGAGUUGUGGCUAUAUUUCACGAUAUUACUUCUAGUAAUUAUUAUAGUGGAAUAAUUGCUGAACCACCAAAAUCUACAAACAAAUAUAGAUAUUUAGUGUUCUUCGACGAUGGUUAUGCUCAGUAUGUCACUCAUAAAGAUAUCUUUCUGGUUUGGGAAACCUCGCUACGAAUUUGGGAAGAUGUUCCCAGCGAAUCGCGAGAUUUUGUAAAAAAAUACUUGGAAUCGUAUCCCGAAAGACCAAUGGUGAAACUGCAAACAGGCCAAAUGGUCAAGACCGAAUGGAAGGGCAAAUGGUGGCUCGCGAGAGUCAUACAGGUCGACGCAAGUUUAGUGCAAAUGCAUUUUGAUGCUGAUAAGAGAACCGAAUGGAUUUAUCGUGGAUCAACUAGAUUAGGUCCUUUGUAUCUCGAAAUUCUAAAAGCUAAUACUAGACAACAACUUCAACAGUCGGGCAAUGCGCACGCUCGACAUCGUAUUCCUGCUGUUUCUAAUAAAAGUAAUUUACCUUAUGUUGAAUAUACAUCUAACGUGGAAGAAGAUGUAUCACAAAAUGUACAGGUAGAAAAAGCAACAAUUACUACAAGCAUAGCAUCCAGUACAUCAUCUACUAUACCACAACAAUCGCGUGCUGUAGCUAAAAAAAGUACUGCUAAAAGGCAAAAUAAUUUAGAUAGCGCAACAUAUAAUUCUAUGAUAGAAGCAAAACCGUCGCAUAGUAUCGUUUUUUACCAUACACAGAGGAAAUAUGAACCAAAGAAAUAUGUUUCUCACAAGUGUGGAUCAAAGUGUAUCAAAAACAUCAAAGUUUCACACGACGAUCUCAAAGGACUUUCUCCACUCUCUGUUCCUCUCUUAUGUGGCUGGCAUCGUCAGCUUUGUAAAUAUUCUAAGGGCAAAAAAGUUAUAAUUUAUCAAGCGCCGUGUGGCGUCAGACUACGAAAUAUGGAGGAGCUACAUCGUUAUCUUCGCAUGACUGACAGUACAUUGUCUGUUGAUCUGUUCGAUUUUGAUUAUUGGGUGCGUGCCUUCGCAGAUUUUAUCGUAGAGAAGUGCUUCAUCAACAUCAAAGAUCUCAGUUACGGCGUGGAAAAUGUAACGAUACCAUGCGUGAAUGAAUUGGAUCACACUCAACCGGAUACUAUAAGAUACACCACAGAUCGAGAGCCAACGGAAGGUGUUAAUUUAAAUUUGGAUCCUGCGUUUUUAUGCAGCUGCGAUUGCGAGGACGAUUGUCAAGAUAAAACAAAAUGUCAAUGCUGGCAAUUAACUAUACAAGGAGCAACUCUUGGAGGAAAAGUGCCAAAUACCGAUGUUGGUUACAUUUAUAAACGUUUGCCCGAACCGGUAACUACGGGAAUUUACGAAUGUAAUUCGGGAUGCAAGUGUUCGGUGAAAACAUGUCUCAAUAGAGUAGCGCAGCAUCCUCUCGGCUUAAGAUUACAAGUGUUUAAAACGGGACCUCGUGGUUGGGGCAUAAGAUGCCUCAAUGACAUUCCUCAUGGCACUUUUAUCUGCAUAUAUGCAGGGAGAUUACUCACUGAACAGGGCGCAAACGAGGGAGGUAAAAAUUAUGGCGAUGAGUAUCUAGCAGAGUUAGAUUAUGUGGAGGUGGUAGAAGGAUUCAAGGAGGGUUAUGAAAGCGAUGUUCUCGAACCAGAAAUGCCGCUACCAGCCGCGAAAGAUGAUAAGAAAAAACCUAACGACACCGAUGAGGAAGAUAAUACGAAGGAAAACACUAAUGACUCAGAUGAAGAUUUCAACAUCGAUAAUUACGUAGCUGACAAUAAUGAGUUAGAAACAACUGCAGAAUCUUCAUCUAUCAGGAAACGUCUAAGAAAACGGAAAAGAGAAGAUGUAGAUUAUCAACUAGAUGCGUCCGAAGAAAAUAGUGAGGACGGAAGCACGAAAGGUUCGGAAAAUACAACAAAAUCAUCCACCAUUGAAAUUCUAGAUACAAUUAAUAUAAGUGAUGAUGAUGAAAGCAGAAACGAUGUAAGAAGAGAACCAAGUAGAUUCGAACCGAGUGUAGAACCACAGCAAAUAGAAAGAUUAGCAUUCAAAUCUGUAAGAGAUUAUUUCGGUGAAGAUGAAGCCGUUUAUAUCAUGGAUGCCAAAACGACUGGAAAUAUUGGUCGUUAUUUGAAUCACUCCUGCGAUCCAAACGUGUUUGUACAAAAUGUUUUUGUCGAUACGCACGAUGUGCGUUUUCCGUGGGUGGCAUUUUUCGCUUUACAAUACAUAAAAGCUGGACAAGAACUAACAUGGAAUUAUAGUUACGAUGUAGGAAGUAUACCGGGUAAAGUAAUAAUUUGUAAAUGUGGUGCAGCGAAUUGUCGAGGACGUCUUCUAUAAACUUUGUAUUUUGUAGUUCUUUGUGAGAAUACAAUUUAUGUAUUUUAACAAAAUUGACAAUUAAUCUUAUGUAAUAUAAUAUGUAUAUAUAUCAUAU